CUUACGUGGCAGAAUCUCAUUUGCCACAUCAAGAUACCAAAAGAAUAUUUGGACUUUGGGAAAAAACCAAUAAUCAUAUCCUACCCUCCUUCAAACCCAACCCACCCACUUGGUGAGUGAUGAUGAAAUGAUGAGAUCCACGACAACCCACAAAAAAAAAAAAAAAAAUCCGAAGCAAUAAAACUGUCAACUGAAACCGCCGUGGCUCCAUUAUAUAGAAUAAGAAAAUGCUAAUGUGGGUUGCAAAUUUCAGUUGAUUCUUCUUGAAUUAGGUUUUUGGUUGGUUUUAAUCUUUUCCCCUCUUUAGAUUAAGAAUCCUUCUUCUGGGAUUUUCUUCAACGCUUCUUCAAGAAAUCGUCAUUGUCAUUCCAAGAAGUAGCCAGAAACAGAGAGCCAACAGUUGCACGAAAUCUACACACAGUCACGCACUAAUAUAUAUAAGAAAGAAUACUAUUUCUCCUCAAAAUCUGACUUCAUGAUUCUCACGUCUCUUUCUCCUCCACUGUCUUACCAUUUCUUCAGUCCAACUCUACAUGAAUUCCUCCCUACCUGAAGAAAUGGGUCUGUUUUUCUUCCCUUCAUUUUUGCACAUUAUUGAUUGACAUUCAUUGCCGGCCUUAAAACUGUAAUUACUUACCAUUUUCCUCACGAUUUGCCCAUUUUUUACAUCAAGAUCGAAUCUUUUCUCUUGUGUUUUCAGACCCUUUUACCAAAUCUCGAACAGCCCAUUUCUUUAAUCCUUAAGACUAGCACAAAGAUUCCUUCAAUUGAUUAAAAAAUAGGGGGAAAAAGAAUAUCUUGAAUUGUUCUUCUUCAACUAUCUGAAAUAGCCAUGACAGAGGUCCUCCACUCGUCUUCUUCCUCUUCAUCUCCUUCUAUUUCCACGCCAACCCACAAUGGGGCAUUGUUUCGGACCCAGUCAUUCAUGAUAGGAGGAGGAGAAGAACAAGAGGAAGAAAUUGUGGGAGUUUCAGCCGUAGAGGGUUCGGGUGGAAUUGAAGCAGAGGAAGAAGAAGGAGAAGGGGACGCAAAAGACAGAGAGAAUAAGGAGAGAAGGGCUAAUCAGUUGUCCUUGAUUGCUCUUCUGGUGACCCUAUUUCGGAAGAGUUUUUGGAUGGCUUGUAAAGCUACCACUGGAAGAGAUGAGCUCUGUAAUGGUGGUGCUAAUGGUGGAGGAAUGGAAAUUGGGUGGCCUACUAAUGUACGCCAUGUUGCUCAUGUCACCUUUGAUCGGUUUAAUGGGUUCUUGGGUUUGCCGGUGGAGUUUGAACCGGAUGUUCCGAGAAGGGCUCCUAGCGCAAGUGCGACCGUUUUUGGAGUAUCCACAGAAUCCAUGCAGUUAUCAUUUGACACUCGAGGAAACAGUGUUCCAACAAUUUUAAUACUUAUGCAAAGACGUUUAUAUGCUCAAGGAGGUCUUCAGGCAGAAGGUAUUUUCAGAAUAAAUGCUGAAAAUAGCCAAGAGGAGUAUGUCAGGAACCAAUUAAACAGGGGGAAUGUUCCAGAAGAUAUUGAUGUGCACUGUUUGGCCGGCCUCAUUAAGGCUUGGUUCAGAGAACUUCCCAAGGGUGUAUUGGAUCCUAUCUCGCCCGAGCAGAUAAUGCAAUGCCAAUCACAGGAUGAUUGUGCAGCACUUGUCAGGCUUCUGCCUCCAUCUGAAGCUGCUUUGCUGGAUUGGGCCAUCAACUUGAUGGCUGAUGUCGUUCAAAUGGAGCAUGUCAACAAGAUGAAUUCACGCAACAUCGCCAUGGUGUUUGCACCAAAUAUGACUCAUAUGGCUGAUCCAUUGACGGCAUUAAUGUAUGCAGUCCAAGUGAUGAACUUUCUGAAGACACUUAUAGAGAAGACAUUAAAAGACAGAGAAGAUUCUGUUGUAGGACAAGCUUCCACAUCGGACAUGGAACCAUUUGAUGAUGAUGGACAUCAGAGUCCAGGACUGCGUCUGUCAGAUUUCCCUGAAUCAAAUUAUGGGUCAGAGCGAUUGUCUAUAGGAGGACCUGUAUUUGACACAGCAUCUGAGUCCAAUCAAGGGGAGCACCUCUGUAUUGAGGGAUAUCUCACUUCUUCAACCUCUCCUGAAGAAUAUUCUGAUGAGAGUGGGUCCUGUGGAACUCCUGUUCAAACCUAUAGCAUCACGAACACAAGAGAAUCUGGUAGAAUGUUUCCAAGGGCUGGAAGUGUUGAGAACAGCCAGGAGGUCAGAGAAGGCCAGUCAAGUGAUUCCGAUCAGAUGAACUCCAGUAUGAAAAUGAAUGAACAUCAUCCCGUAAGCCUAGGUAUUGGAAUCCAGAGUAAGAGCAAAGGCAUGAGCAACUUAAGCCGCAUUGACUCACUGACCGAGAGAAUCGAAGCCUGGCGUUAGCAUGUGGUUUGUCCAUUAUCUGAAUCCUUUAACUCUGAUUGAAUAUCUCUGUGUAUUGAUUCUUUGAGAUUGUGAAAAUUGUGAAUUACCACCAUGUAAUGCUGUUGACAGUGGCUUUCUAAAUUUCCCUGUAAACUCGUCCUCCUUCCUUUUACAGCUUUUCUUGUAAAAUGUUAGCAUGUUUUCCAUAUGUUUGGUUACAGUUUAUGAUCUUCCAUUAUCGUCUUGCUAUCUUUCGAUUCAGGACCACAUUGUUAACCCUUGAUGUUGAUGCACAGCUAUGCUCUCAUAGUGUGACAUUUACUUU